AUCAGGCCAUCGCUUGGCGGCUCCAGCGAAGCGAACGCGAAUCAGUUUGGUGUGAAGUGGCUGUCCAAGCAGACGCACGUUAAGCCCACUCCUUUAACUAGAUUCCUUUGCGCCUUGCCGCUUUACCCUGCGUGAUUCGCUACGUGACUUAAGUGAUAGACGCCUGCUGCAAAAAAAAACAGUGAGACAGUGUUGAAUCGAUAAUUCGAUUUUUGUGCUCCUCCGUCCCGUCCUCCGUUUUCUCAGCGUAACCGAAAAAUCGGUUCGAAUUAAUUAACCCCCGUCAGAAACAAAACCACUGCGACACUCUCGCGCGAUGCCACGACCGGUGAAAUUCUUCUAUGAUCUUCUUUCGACGCAAUCGCGUGCCCUGUACAUGUUUUUCGAGGCCACCAAAAUUCCGUACGAUCCGAUUCCGGUAUGUGCCACCAAAGGUGAAAACCAGACGGACAAAUACAAGCAGGCUCUCGGGAAGUUCGAGCAUGUUCCCAGCAUAAUCGACGAUGGUUUCAAACUAUCGAACGGAGUGACCAUUCUAAAGUAUCUGAUCCGAGAGAAGCUCAUCCCCGAUCACUGGUAUCCGCGCAGUCGGAGAGACCGCGCCCAAAUCGAUGAGUAUCUCGAGUGGCAUCUCGACAAUCAUUCGAAAGUUUUAAAUGCUUUCGUGCAACCGAAGCAACGUUCUGCUAACCAACGAACCAGCGAAGAAACACUCCAAGAAUAUCGACAGCUAGUGACCGAAAGCCUGGACCACCUGGAGCGGGAUUGGAUCGCACCGGGACGGUUUAUAUCCGGCGAGAAGAUCAGCAUUGCGGACAUUCUGGCCGCUUGCGAAGUAGAGCAGCCUAAGAUUGUCGGUCUCGAUCCACUCGAGGGUCGACCCAAGCUGGCGGCAUGGCUCGAGAAGGUGCGCUACACCAUGACACCGUACUACCAGGAAGCGCAUAAAGAUUUCUACAAACUCAGUAAGCAGAAAGCGGUUCUGAGAAACUGAGGUUCGGUGGUUCGAACCAUUUUUUUUUGUUAGGUUUAUAUGUAUAUUAUAGAUGUUAGAAUACUUUGUAGAUAUAGAUAUUUCUCGGUUAAGUUUGCGGUUUGAGUGAAUUUUCCAUGUAUGAUAUGUAUCAUCAAAAUUAUACCUCUAAAUGGAGCAGAAAAUUCGCAAUAAAUAACCAAUCUGAAUAAUUUUCAA